AUGUAUCGCUCAUGGGGCGGCACGGUGAUCAACAUGUCAACCUUACCAGAAGCGAAGCUCGCUGCGGAAGCUGAGAUUGCCUAUCAGGUUAUCCUGAUGAGCACAGACUAUGAUUGCUGGCACGACGUCCAUGGCGACGUCUCAGUCGAGAUGGUCAUGGGCCACAUGCGUGCCAACGCCGUCAACGCCCGCCGGUUUAUCGCUGCCGUUCUGGACGAGCUCUCCAAAGAAGAACAUAGUAGCCUUGUCCGAGCCACGCAUCUUGCCGAGUCAAGGAAGUUUGGCGUCAGCACCUACCCUGAGGGACGUGGAGAGAAGGCACUGGAGAAGUUGAGAUGGCUAUUCGAGGGCUAUUUCUGA